AUGCACGAUGUGAUUCGUGAUAUAGCCCAUCAAAUAGGAGAUGAAAAGAUUCAAGUAAUCACGGAUUCUAAAAGUAAAUUGAAGGAGAAUGUAAAAUAUUCAUCCUGGAUGAUAGAUGACUUUUCCAACUCUUUUGAGGGCAUUAAUCUUGAGGUUCUUUUAGUAUGGGUAAAUAAUGCAAGUCAUCCUUUGGGAGUUCCUGAGGCAUUCUUUGGAGGUAUGAAGGGACUUAGAGUUUUGCUUUUGUGUUCUAAGGUUAAGUUUCGGAGAACAUUGGCCUUGUCACUACCAAAAUCAAUUCAUUCACUUGAAAAUAUCCAAACACUGUCCCUAACAAAUUGGGAGUUGGGUGAUAUAUCUAUUUUGCAAAACCUCAAAAAACUCCAAACUCUUGAAUUGACAAAUUGUUCAAUUAGUGAAUUGCCAAAUGAAGUUAGCCAACAGGAGAAACUGAGGUUGCUAGGCUUGGUAGAUUGUUCAAUCGAAAAGAAUAACCCGUUUGAAGUGAUUGGGAGAUGCUCGAAACUUGAAGUAUUGUAUUAUAUUUCAAAUCAUGACACUCUUAAAAUUAAUCCAAAGCCUUCUAAAAUUAUAGAUCUUGAUCAAGAAUUUAGAAUAUAUCAUGUAGAAGGCAACUACUCUUACCAGCGUUCUUUUCAAUUGGAUGCUUCAACAAAAAGAUAUUUCAAUUCAACCAAGUUAAAAGGGAUCUUGUCUGAAAGCACAAUCAAAUCCCUGGCAGCAAGAGCAGAGAUUCUUGAGUUAACAGAAUGUAAUGAUACAAGAUGGACAAACCUUAUUCCUGACAUAGUUGAUCCUCAAGAAGAUGAAGGCAUGAAUGGCUUAAUUAGGCUUUCUUUGAAAUCUUGGCCUGCAAUACAAUGCCUCAUCAAUACAAGUGGAAUUCAAUCUCAUGCAACCAUCUUCUCAAACUUAGUUGAGCUACGACUUUCUAACAUGUGUGUGAGGGAAUUAUGUCAUGGUGAUUUUCCUAAUGACUUUCUCAAGCAACUAGAGAAGCUAUACAUAAGUGGUUGUGCUGAAAUAGACGGCACACUAUUGAAGGGCAAGCUAGAGCUAAGUAGUUUGAAGUCUAUAGAGUUAAAUGGUUGUUCGAUGACAUAUCUUUUCUGUCUAUCCACAGCUCAAAGUCUAAAGCAACUGGAAAAUUUGGACAUAAGUGGAUGCUCAAAGAUGAAAUGCCUAAUAAGUGAUGAUAAAAGAUCUGCAGAGCAAAAAGUGGAUGAUCAUCAUGAUUGUAAUCAAAAGACCCAUCACUCAAUGUUCCCGAAAUUGAGGUCUCUGAACAUUGAAGAAUGUCAUGAAUUGGAAUUUAUAUUGCCAAUUUUUCCUUGCAAAGAGCUAGAAAGUGUGAAAAUCCGUGGUUGUAAUAAGCUAGAAUUCAUAUUUCGGCAAUGUUUAGAGGAGGGAGGUAUGCGUCAAAUGGAAAAGGAAACCAUACUCCCCUCACUACAAGAAAUAGAAAUUGCAAACGUACCCAAAUUCAUCAACAUAUAUCCAGAAUAUUAUUUCCCACAGUCUUCUCAAGUGCAGAAAUCAUGGGGCCCUCUGUGUCGUUUAUCUUCAAAAGCAAGUGCCUUUAGCAUCAAUGAACUAUCUUUUUCCAGGGCCAAUCAAUUGAACCUUACUCAGGCAUUAAAGGAGAAACAUCUCGGUAAAGCUAGUGGACUUUUUACACCUUCAUUAUGUCCAUACAAGAAUUUAAGAAAGAUGAGUGUAGAGGGAUUUUCUGAGUUGAAGUCACUUCUUACCCUGUCGAUUGCCUCAUCAUUGAAAUUGUUAGAAGAAUUAACAAUCAGUAAAUGUGGUGAACUGGAGCACAUAGUCACAGAUGAGGGGCAUGCUUACAGUCAUAUGAAUGAUUGUUGUAUCUUUUCCAACUUAAAGCAAGUUGAAGUCUUCAAUGCUGAAAAGUUGAAAUAUGUGUUUGGAAAAUGUCAUUCCAAUCAGAGGCAUAAUGUUCAUAUUGAACUUAAUCUCCUAGAUCUCAAAAGACUAAGCCUUCAUGAUGUGCCAAAUAUGGUGAGUAUUUGCACCAAAAAGUAUUCUGUGAAGGCAUUAUCUCUACAAGAUAUAAGUCUGAAAAACUGCCCACAACUUCCCAUAAAUAAUGUUAUAGAUUUAUCCAUUGAUGUGCAAAAAAGAGAUCACCUCUCAAAGGAAAAGGAAAAAGGAAAAAAUGAAUUAACAUGUUUGUAUUUAACCAAGGCAUCCAAAUCGAAGCACGUGCCAAGUACAGCUUAUGGAUAUUUUCCACUACCAUUAUAUCAAUCCAAUUUGAGAGGGAUUGAGAUAACUGGAUUUUCCAAGUUAACAUCACUCUUUACCAUAUCCAUUGCCUCAUCACUGAAGUUCUUGGAAACAUUGUAUGUCAAGGAGUGUGACGCACUGGAACAUAUUAUAACAGACGAGGGGCCUAAUGGUCAAGCUUUUUAUUCAAAAGAUUUUAAGGAGUUGGGAUAUGUGAGCAUCGGGAAGGCAGAAAAGAUGAAAUAUGUAUUUCGAGAAUGUCAUGCUGAUCAGAAUCAUAAUGUUCAGAGUAAAUUUAAUCUCCCAGCCUUGAAAACAAUAUACCUUGUAGAUUUACCAAAUAUGCUUCCUCAAACUUUUAUAGAUUUCUUGGUUGGUGGACACAAAAGACAAGAAGAUCUCUCAAGCAGAAAGGCAUUAUCUUUCAAGGAGAAAGGUAAGGCACUUUCGAACUUGCAAGAGUUGGCUGAUUUAAGGGAUAUAUAUGUGGGACCUAAAAUCUCUUUGAGCUUUCAAAACCUUUCUGUUCUAGAAUUUGAAAAAUGCAAACAGUUGAAGUUCAUACUGUCUGCUUGUACCACGAGAAGCAUACCAGAAUUGAGAAGGCUAUUCAUAUCAGACUGUGAAGAGUUGGUGAGCAUAAUUGAGGAUGAUGAAGAGAAUCAACAAAAUCCUUUGGAUCUGCAUCAACCAUGUUUCCCAAAGCUAUGCCAUAUUCGAGUAAAGCACUGCAAGAAGUUGAAAUGCUUAUUCUCUGUCUCUACAUGUGCUAAACUUCCAUGUCUCUUGACGUUGGAGAUAGAAGAUGCUCCUGAGCUUGCUCACGUAUUUGAAAGGAAGCAGGGCGCGCCGCAAGAGUUGGUCAUCAAGGAUGUGCUUCCAAAUUUACUUGCAAUAAGACUGGUAAAACUACCAAGUCUUCACACUAUCUAUCAUGGAAUUGAUUUCCAAACUGUGAAAAUCCGUAUUGUGCAAGAUUGUAACAAUAUCCCUUCACCUAAUGUCAACUCCUCUGAGAUAUUUGAUUAUCUCGAUUAUUCUUUUCCACAAGAAAAGACCUUCAACUACACAUACGGUAUUAUUCAGGAAUGGGCUUGCGAGAGUAAUGAGUUAUCAAAGGACAUUGCUAAAAAAGGCACCGCAAAUUCGUCAAAUUUUAUAGAGAGUGCCAACGUAUCAGGAAAUGAAAUUGUUGAAGAAAAGCUCUCUACAACUCGAUCAUCUAACUCAGUUGUGAAUACUAAGGUAUCAACGGAUGAAAUUGUUGAAGAACAAAUUCCUACUUCAGAUACAGCAGCAAUUCCACCAUCAAAGUCUGAUAGGGAUAAUUUGGUUUACAAUGUAAGUUCAUCAACUCAUUCUGAGCGAACAAUCUCAAAUCUAGGGACAGCAGUUUUUAUAAAGGAGUUAUGUGAAAAGGAACCAAUGUGUGAUCAACAAGCACUUGGAGAAAGUAGAAGCUCCAAUGAAGCUCCUCAAAGAGUUGAAGAACCUACUAAUGAAUGCCCUUCCAAAGAAACAUCAAAUAGAAUGGCAAUGAUGAUUCCAGAAAAUUCUAUUACUGGAAUGAACCCUCCAACGGAUAAAAUCAUGGAUCAACCAGGGACCUCCACUAAGAAUCAAAUUAAGUUUGACCAGGGAAACCGUUGUCAAUUUGCAGAAGAUGAUCUGAUGAGAUUAUUCCAAAUAAUGGAGGAAGGUACUGAAAUGGAAGUUGACAUGCCUUAUGGAUCCAAAAUUGCAGCAUUUGAAGAUGAUAACGAGCUGAGUAAAGCUCUCACUGACUUGGGAACCUCAUUGAAGAUGAGUCUAAGUGAAAUAGCUUGCUCUGAAGAAGGCAAACUUCGGCUUGAGAAUGCUCUUAACAUCUUGUCCUUUCAUUGUUUUGAAGAUGGAGCGCCCUUUCAUGGCCUUCAAGCUACAAUUGCUUCUCUGCAACAAGAAAUCCAAACUGUUCUAUCUUCCUCCAAGAAAGCCUAUGCCACUAUUGACGCAUUCAACAAGCUUGAAGAAAAAGAGAAGCUUGCCAUCGAAGAACGUUCAAAGAGAAAGGAAGCAGCAAUUGCUCUUCUGUCUGAAAUUCACAAUAAAGAGAGUUAUUUGGCUGAGGCUCGGCUAAAGGAAGCAGAGUUGAAGAAGACAAUCUCAAAGUUUCAGGCUAAACUGCAUAGCAAGGAAAAAGAAAUUCAAGAGUGUGAUAUGGAACUGUUAUCUCUGAAAGAACAGAAGAAAAAGAGUGUUUCUGACACAAUGGGAUUCAUAAAGGAGUUUGAGGAAGUGAAGAAAGAAAAGUCUCACAUGGUGGAAGAAAAUAUAAAAGCAAAGCAACAGCUACAAAAUAUGGAUUUCAAGUGGUCUUCCUGUCUAUCCAAUUUGAAGAAAACCACACUAUUGCUAGGAGUUCAUCUUCAACAGAAGCUUUGA